AUGGCGCCCUCACUCAGGACGAUGCACGUCCCUGUGCUUCUUAGUCUCAGUCUCAAUGCCUUCGCAGCCAGCAUACCGCGCCAAGUAAUACCGUGUACAUUCUCCAUUACUGCAUCCGGCCCCCCAGAUGGCAUUGUUAAGCAGGAUGGUAUAGGUGGACUCAUACUCAGCGACAAUGAUCCUCAGUUCCACUACCUCCUAGGAAAUGGUACUCUGACAGACGAGCGGAACCAUACCUGCCUCAUUGAACCAUCCAGUUCCCAAUUCCUCUGCGCCAGCCAAGGUACAGCCGAGAAUACCAAAUUCGAGUUCUCCGAUGGCCUGAUGGAGAUUCUGCACGACGGUAGCAACAAGUGGUUGGCGUGUCCGGGCACAGGACCGGAUAGUGACGGUACCUUGAUUUACAGUGAUGCAAAGGCGAAUACUACUGAUUGCAAACCGAUCACACUGCGUGCUGGAGGAUUUGGCUGUGCGGCGCUUGGUCGACCAGACCCUACAACAGCAGCAGCAUCAGCAUCAGCAACAUCAUCGGAGUCAUCGCGUCCAACAGACCUCCUUAUAACACCCACGGGUGCGGUCUCGGAGCCAGCUCCAACCACCAUCCCAUCUCACUCCAUCCCAACCUGUCCCAAAGGAAUCUCUGGCGAGUUCCAAUUUCCACAUCUCAUAGUCCCAACUUCAUCCAACAACCCUGAUUUCGCCUAUGGGAAUUCAUAUUCAGCCUACAUCUCCUCAGUCAACACCACCAUCUUCAACUUCGACAUCCCCGCCGAAGAGCAUUACAAAGGCACCUGCGCGCUCCUAUUCCUCUUCCCAUACGCCUCGGAGAUGGACCCCUCAGCUGGGACAUAUCACUUCUCAGGAACCGAGGCCGAGCUGGGCCAGAACGGCGGUCUCGAAUUCGCGUUCCUUACUGAUGUGGCAACAGCAGCUACAACAUAUAGAUCCACCCCUCCAAUCUUGACCGAUUUUGGCAAGACCCAGAUAAUUCCAGGGCAUGACUACACUGUUGGGACGUUCCCAUGUCACAGCGGCAAGGCAAUCUCGAUUUCGGUGGCGAGUAAGGGGAAUGUCGAGUUGGAUUAUUUCCAGAAUAGUGCGCCCAGUCCGAUUGGAUUGUAUGUUGUGCCUUGUUCUUCUUAA